AUGUUUCUGUUUUUCAGAAUCGCUCUGAAGCAUCUGCUAUUGAUGAAGCAAUUAGUGACGAACAAUCAGCGAACACUAUUCGACAAUCUGUUCCGAACUGGCACGACGACGACGUUUCCGAUUAAUCUUCCACCGAAUCGAUUCUUCGAGUUGGCGCACAAUAAUCGCGAAUUUCGUAGAAAUUAUGACGUGAAAAUUGUGAGAAACCCAUCGAAAAUCUCAUCGCAACAAAUCGAGUUCGUUUUUGAGACGACCUACUGCGAAAUGGUGGAUGGUUGGUGCAACAAGACGAAAUAUAAGCGGAAGGCCAUCAUCUCGCCGAAAACGAAUAGCGUCUCCGGAUGGGCAUUCGACUCGGUGUUACCGGUUUAA